AUGGAUCCGCAAAGCCAAUCCUUUACCCCAUAUAGCAGCAACAACGACACCUGGCGGCUGCAGACCGACGUGGCGAGGGUGCAGCAGGUGCAGGCCGAGCAUACCGAGAGGAUUGCGAGGCUGGAGAAGAAGCACGAGGAGGAUGCGAGGAUGAAGAGCGUAUGGGGCAGUAACUCGCCUUUUCCCAGUGUGCUGAGCGGUGGAACCCCGCAGCAAGGUAGGCCCAUACUGAGGUUGGAUGGGGAUGCAGCUGAUGGCUUUGGUGAAGCUCCUCUUCAACAACCGCACUCGGAUCAGUUCCGUAGCUUCGAUGAUGAUGCGAACGAGCUGAUGAGUAGUCUGCAUCUCGACGCUGGGGAUGAGCCCAGACGAGGCAUGACGGCGAAUUCGAGGGCGAAUAGCGUCCGCUUCGACGAGACUGCCAACCAGAACCACUUCUCGCAUUCGUCAAGACCUUCGAUGGACUACAUGUCGCGCACCAGCAGUGGCCUCGGCGGGUUGCAGAUGACAGAGCGCUCAGCAUCUCACAAGUCAGAAGGUCGUGCCAGCUCUGUACACUCGAUACGGUCUGCGGCAUCUGGCAGGGCUAACAGCUUGAACCUGGACACAACUUACGGCAUUGGCGACUCGAGCUCAUCAUCCUUCGACCCACCAGGCCUCCCGGGAUUGGCAUGGCUCGGGUCCGUGCCCGCCAUCAUUCGAUGCUGGAUGAACACCAACUUCAAGCACGAUGCGCUACUCUACGCCGCUGUAUGCACUGGCUCGUACAAGUCCUUCCUGGAGCUGCGCCUGAUACAGAAGCUCGGCUUUGAGGAUAACAUCAUCACGAAUGAGCACGGCGCAAAGGUUGUUCAGCUGGCGGUCUACUUUCCCGAGGCAGUGCCUCACCCGGCAUCGUCGCGGUCGAACAGCCCUGCUCCUCAGCUGCCAUACGUCACGGUCGAUUUCCAUGUGGUCGACAGCAAGCCUUCGGAUGGGGACAAAUAUAUCCAGAUCUUUAUUGGAAGCGACGCUUUGCGCUCUCACAAUGCCGACAUCCUCUUCUCGUCUAACAGCAUGACACUGUUCGAUGAUGAGCGCAGCAAGGUCAGCAUCCCGCUUGUCCGCCCAGAAAGCGAUGCCACUUUCAAAUCUCUGUAUGUCGCCAGUGGAGCUGCUCUGCCUACCACAGACAUACAAAGUGAGCGCACCAAAGAACCUGCCUUCCUCAAUGGCUUAGGCAUGGGCAGCUCCGGAGCAUCUCUUUCUUCCGCUGCAGCGAGUCCGCCACCAGGCAAAUAUCGUCCACCUGGCGUUAUCGCGGCCGAAGCAGCAGGCCACGACUCCACCAAAGCAGGAGCGCCAGGCUCAGACAGCGAUGCAAGGCCGGCUAGUCGCCAGUCCACCGCCUCGUCACGCCCGUCGCUCUCACUUCUCAACACUCGCCCUGAAGCGCAAGACCAACAGCCCGAUCCUGGUCCGCCUUCAUCAGCCCUCCGUACCGGCAGCAGCCCAGCAAUUUGGAGCAACUGGCGAACACAAAGCAGCGCCGCCGCGACACCUCCAGCCAGCGGCCUCGACUGGGCUGGCGCGAGCAAGAACCGCGACACCUCGUAUCAGCGCAAGGAUACUGGCAUCAAAGUCCUCAAGCCCAAGACAGCGAGCCGUACCGUCUCGUCGUCGACUGCCGGCAUGGGUUCGGCUUCGCUAAACAGCCCUGCAGAUGGCAAGAGCAGGUUCUUCGAUGAGGGGCGCAGGCGCAGUGAGGUUGGGGAGGCGAAGAAGGAGAAUCAGCCGAUUGGGAGGCCGGAGUCGACGAACGCUGCAAGUGCGAGCGCGACACCUGCGCCGAAGACUACGAAGAGCAAUCCGAUUGGGGGUGCAUCUGCUUUCACGUGGUUGAGCAGCGGCGGUGGUGGAGCUAAGUGA